CCCUCCUCACAUCUUCCAGCAGGAGCAUCUCUAACACAGCAGAGCGUCUUACCACCACUGGAGCAGUGUCCAACAGCAGUCCCAUUACUGACACUCACACAAUAAGUCCCAUCAGAGACCUGACAGGCUUCAUGCAUCUUCCAGUGAGGCUGAAAAACAUGGGACGGCCGAGUUACGCGUCAGUGUUGUUUCUCAUUUGCUGCCUUGUUCAGACAAAUGCAUUGACAACAUGUGGAACCAAUCAGUUCCAGUGUGGGAAUGGGAAAUGCAUCACAGUCAGAUGGGUGUGUGAUGGCACAGAUGACUGCGGAGACGGCACAGAUGAACUUCCUGGUACCUGCAUGGCCAAAACAUGUAGACCGACAGAGUUCAGCUGCGCGGACCGCCUUAACCAGUGUAUACCGAGCACAUGGCGCUGUGAUGGAAAUGCCGACUGUGAGAAUGGAGCUGAUGAAGAGAGCUGUGCGCCAAAGCAGUGCACAGACAACGAGUUCCGCUGCAGGAACGGCCAGUGCGUGUCGUCCUCCUUCGUGUGCGACGAUGAGGCGGACUGUGACGACGGCAGUGAUGAGGCCUCCUGCCCACCCGUCACCUGCAGCCCCACGUCUUUCCAGUGCAACAACACCGUUUGCGUUCCCCGCCUGUGGGCCUGCGACGGUGACUCCGACUGCCCCGACGGCUCCGACGAGUGGCCCCAGAACUGUGGUACCCAGAGACCUGACACUGCUCCCACUCAUCAGUGCACAUCCCUGGAGUUCAGCUGUGGCAGCGGAGAGUGCAUCCACGGUAGCUGGAAGUGUGACGGAGGAGCUGACUGCCUCGAUCGAUCUGACGAAGCUGACUGUGCUCGGCCCACCUGCCGUCCUGAUGAGUUUGAAUGCGGCGAUGGCACUUGCAUCCAUGGUAGCCGCCAGUGCAACCAGCAUUACGACUGCAGGGACAUGAGUGAUGAAAUUGGCUGCGUCAAUGCGACCCACUGUGAGGGCCCAACCAGGUUUAAGUGCCGCAGUGGGGAGUGUAUUAGCAUGGAGAAGGUGUGUGACAAGCAGCGUGAUUGCAGGGAUUGGUCAGAUGAGCCUCUUAGGGAAUGUGGCUCCAAUGAGUGCCUGUACAACAACGGCGGCUGCUCUCAUACUUGCAAUGACCUGAAGAUCGGCUACGAGUGCCUGUGUUCUGCUGGAUAUCGCCUGGUUGACAAAAAACGCUGUGAAGAUAUCGAUGAGUGUGCCAACCCGGACACCUGCAGCCAGAUCUGCAUCAACCAGAUAGGCAGUUACAAAUGCCAGUGCGAGGAGGGUUACCAGGUUGACCCAGCGACCAAAGCCUGCAAGGCCAUCGGUACAAUAGCCUAUCUUUUCUUCACCAAUCGUCAUGAGGUCAGAAAGAUGACUUUGGACAAAAGUGAGUACACCAGAGUGAUCCCCCGUCUUAAGAACGUUGUGGCUCUCGACAUGAACAUGGCCACCAAAGAGAUCUACUGGUCAGACAUCUCACAAAAGAAAAUCUACAGAGCUCAGAUGGACUCGGCUGAAGACUCCACUCAUCACAGCACGGUCAUCAGUAAUGACAUCGACGCUCCUGAAGGCAUCGCUUUUGACUGGAUCCAUGGUAACCUGUACUGGACCGACAGCAUUCGCAGCACCAUCUCCGUGGUAACCACUGACGGUAGCCGCCGCAAAACUCUCUUCCACCAAGGUUUAUCUAAACCCCGUGCGAUUGUGGUCGACCCACACACCAACUUCAUUUACUGGACUGACUGGGGGAAUCCCGCUAAGAUUGAGAAAGCAGGCCUUAACGGAGGAGACCGCACCGCUCUGGUUACUGACAACAUCGAGUGGCCUAAUGGGAUUACACUCGACCUGUUGAACCAGCGGCUCUACUGGGUGGACUCUAAGCUGCACACCCUCUCUAGUAUCGAUGUGCAGGGCGGUGGUCGACGCACCCUCAUCAUUGACGAGCACAAGCUGGCUCACCCGCUGGGACUCACUGUGUUUGAGGAAAGUGUGUUCUGGACAGACGUCAGUAACAAUGCCAUCCUCAGUGCAAACAGACUCACAGGUGGUGACAUCACACCAGUGGCAGAGCACCUAUCGUCACCAGAGGACAUUAUUCUUUAUCAUAACCUCAAACAACCCGCUGGGAGAAAUUGGUGCCAGGUAUCCGGCUGUGAAUUUUUGUGCCUGGCAGCUCCUCAAGUUGGCAGACAUCCCCCCAAAUAUACCUGCGUCUGUCCAGAUAACAUGAUGCUAGCCAGGGAUAUGAGGACAUGUGUACCUGCUGUGCCAACACCUGCAGCUCCCAUGCAGCCUCAAGUUCCAGCAACCAUCCCCCCUCGUCAGCCACCAGUGCCAGCCAGCACCACACCCAAGCCCCAGGUCCGCACCACCACAGUGCCUAUCCUUAUCACCAGCACUGCGGCAAAGCCGGUGCCACGCGCCACCAAGCCUCCUGUGAGGACCACCACACCUGAACCUAGGACCCCGUCCCCCCAGACAGUGAAGCCUAAAAUUCCCCAGACCACCACAGAGACUCCAGUUACCUCUCCAGAUUUCCGACAUGGAUUUGCUGCAGCUAUUCCCAACCCUGCCUCCACCACCCCAAUAGCUCUCUAUAUCGUCUUACCUCUGGCGAUUGUUUGUCUGGUGGCUGUUGGUGGUGUGCUGCUAUGGAGGAACUACAGGAUGAAGAACACCAACACGAUUCACUUUGACAACCCCGUCUAUCAGAAAACCACUGAGGACCAGGUGCACAUUUGGAGGAACCACAGCCCUGACGGUUACUCCUACCCAAAAAGACAGGUUGUGAGCUUGGAUGAAGAGGCGGACAAUCCAGCCUUCACAGAAAACUGAACAAUGUCGGGCAAAGUGGAAAGAAGAGUCUCGACGAUAAGCUACCUUAGACGUCCUUUUUUGUAUUUUUUACCUCACACAGCACAAAGAUAUGGAAGUCAAAGCCAAUAUCAGACAAGCUUGAACUACGAUAUCCUCACAGAUGAACAAGCGCUCUACAGUGGAGAAACCAGGGUGAAACAUUUUUUUUCAGGUUGCACAUUUUUCAUCACAUCAAGUGAACAGCUGACAAUCCAUUCCUCAAAAAAUCAAACCAAAUCAUCAGAUGCUGGAUUCCUCCGUCUAACUUUUUUUUUUACCUGCUAUCCUAACCAUGAAAUUGAUGACAUAACUGGAGAACUGGAGUGUCACUGCUAAAGCCAAAUGAUUUGAAGCAGCGAUUUAACUGAGCUCAUUUAACGAAAAUUCUAAUUGGGAAUUUCCUCUGACUUGUGUAAGGUAGAAUUCACGAAUGAGUGUUGUAAAUAUCAGUCUAUUUUUGUUUUAAAUUUUAUUUCUGAAUAUUAUCAUAUCUUAUUUGCUUUCUCGGCCACUCUCAUAUUUGUACAGUAAGCUUAGCUCAAACAGUAACCUGACUGUGCCAGGUGGUUUGUCACACAGAACCAUCUUGGAAGUCACUGUUCCACAUGUUUGGAAAAGGGCAGGCACUUCUAAAAAAUACUCAGUAGGGGACUGGAAGAACCAUCUGUCUAUCAUUAUUUAUCACUUUAUAAUGCCAACCAUAUAAUGUGGUCAAACUCUUAUGAAAGCCAGUCGGGAGAAAAUACGAAACAUUUUUUCAAGACUUCAGUGCCGUUCUUUCAAUUAAGAAAUACUCUCCAGUUCUGAUUUAACUGGUGCUAGCAGCAUCUACGCUAACCUCACUUUUCACACACUGUUAAACACUCAACAACUCAUACUGUAGCUGUCAGUAGUUCCUCAUAGGAUGCUGAUUGGUCCGAACAACUGUGGUUUGGACACAAGCCCAUAGAUUGAAGCCUGCCAAGAUAGACUCUCACUUGAUCUUGUAGUUUUGUGAUCUUGAGAGUCCAGCUGCUUCGCAAGGUUACUGUAAAACUUAAAGGUGCUGAUUGGUGGAUUUUGUUACCUUUGGACAGAGGCAGACUAACUGUUUCCUUUUGUUUCCAGUCUUAAUGGUAAGCUAAGUUUUUUACAUUCAGCUCAAGCUCCUGCACAGACAUGAGAGUGGAAUCAAUCUUCACCUUUCCCAAAAUGGCGAAUGUUUUUGUUGUCUUUUCUCUUUGUUUGUUGGAAACAAGAAAAUCUGAACCUGACUUUUAUUCCAAGAGAAACACUUGAUCGAGCGGAUUUAAAGUUGAACAUGCAGUAGGUGAAUGUAAUAAGAAACCUGCAUGUGCCAGUUUAACCAGUGUGACCUCAAAAAGUUUCAUAAUGAUGUGUGUGUGUGUGUGUAACUUUGAGUUUAAACCAGCUAUGGCCUCAGUAGUGGAGCAAAAAUAUCACCCGAAAAGACCUGAAGACACUGCUGUAGUUGAGCUCCAAGAAUAGAUCUGUGCCUUGAUACUGUGCUCUGUAUUAACUUUCAGAUUUUCACAACAACACUGCGUUCUUCAGCAGCUGUUUGUCGUUUCUGAGUUUCAGCUCCAUUCUCUUGAUUUGUGAUCGGCUGUCUGUGCACUGGAGGACCAUCUUUAAAUGUUCCCUCCCUAUGCCCCUCUCGGGAGGACCAGUGCAUUCCUCAAAGACUAAAAUGCUUUGAUGCAACCACGUGUGACCAAUGGGGCCGUGUCUAAUGCUCUGUAUCAUGGCAUGUGUAUAUUUACAUCCUCCCUUAGGACCAGAACCUCAACUUGCCUUAUACCAGCAUUCCUGACAAAAGAAAGCCAUGUGCCCUAUCGUGUUUUUAAAAAAAAAACCACAGUUCUCAGCGGCUGUUUGAGCUCAUUUAUUUGUAUUGCUGACAAAUGUGUGCCUUUUUAAUGACAUAUUUUAUUCACAUGUUCCUGUUGGUGCUAUUGAACUCGGUAGAAAUGUUUGAAAUCAGAGUGUCGGCCUGUUUACAGUGAAUUGCUUGAGGCAUGUGGCAGUGUUACAUGCAGGUGAGGUUACACCUAACAAAGACGUUGUUGUGAUGUGGGUUAUGACUGUCAAAAGGCUUUUAGGUAGAAAAAAAAGUGCUAGUGAAGCUGUACAUAAAGUAAUUUUACAUUCACCGACUAACAGUGCAGAAUAAGCGUGUAAAUAUAAUGUUCAUAAAUGUACAUAUUUGGUCUUUACUGUUUUCUGGUAAUAAUGUCACUCUUUUAGACUUUGUUGUAAACUUUCAACAUUUGCUGUACAGAAAUAA